ACGCGCGAUAUAUAGCAUGCCAGCAGCAAGAUACAUACUCUUGCGCCCGCAAUGGUGGUUCCCCUGUUCAUCCGCAAUUAACUUCGUUCCAAUCUCGUUGAUCCUUGCCCCGCGGAUAUGACGCACAAUUAUACCUUUCCGGGAGUUGCCGUCGUUACCGGUGCCGGGGGCACAGGCAUCGGUGCUGCAACCGCCAAAGGGUUUGCUUCGGCAGGAUGUGGGCGAAUUGCCAUUACAGACCUCAACCCCUCCUCUUUAGAUCAGACUCGGGAGUCAAUCCUGGCUUCCUACCCUCACACUCGCCUAGUUGUCAAGGCGGGCGAUAUAUCCGACGAGAGCUUCGUCGAAGCCUUUAUUAGUGAAGUGGUUGAUGCGUUCGGACGGCUGGAUUAUGCUGUCAACUGUGCCGGAAUCCUAGGGGAUAAGCUGCGAACCACCGAGACGUCGACGGCAACGUUCGAUCAUAUCAACAAUAUCAAUUAUCGGGGUUCUUGGCUCUGCUCUAGAGCUGAGCUCAGACAGAUGCUGAAGCAAGAUCCGCUACCAAGUCAUGAUCUGAAUCGUGCACCGCAGCGAGGCGCUAUUGUCAAUGUUGCGAGUCAGCUGGGAAUCGUCGGGCAGCCUAGAGCCCCUGCGUAUUGUGGUUCCAAAGCUGCUGUGAUCGCAAUGACUCGCUCCGACGCAAUCGACUACUCGGCGGAUGGCAUCAGAGUGAACUGUGUCUGCCCGGGAGUUAUUGAGACACCAAUGACCACGCACAGCGAGGAAGUCCGCGAGCGUCUUCGACCUGCGAUCGAGAUUGCUCCCAUGAAGAGAAUGGGGAAGCCGGAAGAGGUGGCCGACACGAUACUUUUCCUGUGUUCGACGUUUGCAUCGUUUGUACAGGGCCAUGCGCUUGUUGUAGAUGGAGGCUAUGUUAUCAACUAGAUCACUGAAAAUAAUAAUUAUCAUCAUGACAAG